AUGAUCCUUCCAGGAAACAAGCCCAUUAUCCUCUAUAUCAAUUGGGUUCAAGAUGAAAAUCCAUUUCAUUCCAAAGAAAAGACCGGGAAUUGGGAAGGACUAGAUUUUUUCCCAAUCUCCUUGAAAGGAAAAGAAGGGUUGGAGAAUUGGAUGAUUAAUGGAGAAAAUGUUAAAUUUGUCUUAAAGGUUAGCCUUGAUCCAACAAGAUAUGAUUACUAUACCAUUGGUAAAUAUUUACCAAAGACUGACAGGUACAUACUUGAUAAUACUGCUCUGGAUGGCUCGAAGGGAUUAAGAUAUGACUAUGGAAAUUUUUAUGCUUCCAAGAGUUUAUUUGACCCUGGCAAGAAAAGAAGGAUUAUUUGGGGUUUCUCCAACGAAUCAGACACUAGAAUGGACAUUGUUGAAAAAGGAUGGAAUGGAACUCUGCCUAUUCCCCGUAGAAUUUGGCUGGAUCCUAAUGGAAAGCAAUUGCUGGUGUGGCCUAUUGAAGAAGUGGAAAGUCAUAGAGGGCAUGAGGUCCAGUUGAGGAAUAAAAAGAUAAAAAAGGGGGAAGUUCUUGAGAUCGAAGGAAUAACAGCUGCACAGGCUGACGUUGAAGUAGUUUUCUUUUUCCCAAGUUUGAGCAAAGCUGAGCGUUUUGAUCCUAGUUGGGAUCACAUUGAUGCUCAGGAGCUCUGUAGUCGAAAGGGUUCAGCUGUCCAAGGAGGACUUGGGCCAUUUGGUCUUCUAACACUAGCUUCCGAGAAGCUAGAAGAACAUACUCCAGUCUUCUUUAGGAUAUUUGAGGACAAGAACAAGCACAGUAUUCUGCUCUGCUCUGAUGCUUCAAGCUCCUCCCUAAAGAAAGGGAUAUACAAACCCUCAUUUGCAGGUUUUGUAGAUGUAGAUUUGUCAAAGAAAAUGCUUUCUCUCAGGAGCCUGAUUGAUCAUUCUAUUGUGGAAAGUUUUGGUGCAGGAGGCAAAGUGUGUAUCACAUCUAGGGUAUAUCCUACUUUGGCAGUUUUCAACAAUGCCCAUUUGUAUGCAUUCAAUAAUGGUAGCCAGACCGUCACAAUCAAGAAAUUGGAAGCUUGGAGCAUGAAUAAACCUAAAGAAAUGAACUAAUUAGCUAUGAUGGGGCUUAUUUUUUCAAUAUCAGAUGCAUUAGGGUACCUAAGGUACUAAUGUGAUAAUAUACUUUAGCAAGUCAACUGUCAGUGUUUUUCGAUGGACACUAAAGUUUAUAUCGUCAGGAUCAAUUGUCUGUACAAUAAUUAAUUA